UCUGCUUGGAGAGCGGACAACGUUAUUAUAAGCGGCCCAUACCAGGAUUUUCGUCAUUCCGGGCGUAAACCAGGCUGUCGAGGGAGAUCAAGACAUUGCAGUAUUACACAAAUAGCUGUCGAAGACGAAAAUGGCGAGUUCCCAAACAAUCUUCAAUGGUGCCAAGAAUUUCAUUAAAACCGAGAGGGAUCCUGACGGAAAAUAUCUGCCGGCGUUGAAUAAGGAGGUGCUUGAUGAAUUAAAGCAAGUCACUCAGAAACUUGUGGUCGUUUCGGCUGUUGGAGCUUACAGAACUGGCAAAUCCUAUUUACUGAAUAGGUUGUCCGAAGUGGCUAAGGGGCCAAAGUUUACAGUUGGUCACAAGUGCGAGCCUCAAACCAAGGGAUCGUGGCUGAUGAUAAUUGAUCAUCCAAGCUUACCUGACUGCAAGCUUGCUCUGCUGGACACAGAAGGCGUCGGCGAUACGAAAAAGGGUGACACGCAACGUGACGCGAUGUUUUUUGUUCUUACCUGCCUUCUGUCCGACACCAUGAUCUACAAUGGAUUAAAGGCAAUUGACGAAGUUGCAUUUGAGAAGCUGAACUUUACUGCUGAAAUGUCGAAGUAUUUAGUUUCGAAAGCAAAGAAAGAAGGAGAUGAUGACAACUUCCAUAAGUUCUUCCCAGAGUUGGUAUACGUCGUUAGAGAUUGCCACAUUGACCUGGAAGAGAACGGGAGGGAAAUCACGGCAGACGAGUACUUCGAGAGUGCCUUGACUGUUGAUAACAAUGAUGACAAGACAGGAGAGAGGGCGAAGACACGGAAUUCAAUCAAGAAGUACUUUCCGCGAAGGAAAUGUUUCACCUUGGAUGUACCAGCAGCCAAAAGGAGUGUAUUGUCAAAGAUGGACACUGUUGCCGAUGAUCAACUGAAUGAGGACUUCAUCGAAACCAUGGAUAAAUUGCUUCAGUACAUCUUAUCUGAGAGCAAGUCCAAGGUGUUGCAGAAUGGAAGACGAAUAAAUGGCCGUCAGGUAGCCAUGUUGGUCGAGACUUACGUCAACGCCUACCGUAACAAAGAUGUUCCAAAUAUCUCCUCGGCGCUGGAAAACCUAAAGGCAGAGGAAAACAGGAGAGCGCUUGAACUAGCCGAAUCGAUAUACGGCCCAGCUAUGGAUGGUUUUAAACACGAAAUGCCAACUGAGUCAAUGGACGACGUUGAAGAUGAGCACAAAGCCAUAUUGAAAAAGAUAUCAGCGCGGAUAUAUGCAGAUGUUAUACUCGAGGACGAUGAAGAGUUCAUCAAAGUACUUGAGGAAACUCUCAACGCGAAGAAAAUAUUCUACAUCGAAGAAAACGAACGUCUGUCGAAGGAGAAGUGUGAUACUAAACUCCAGGCUUUUAAUGAACAGCUACAGGCCAAGAAGGUCAAUGAGUACAAUCGUCCUGGGGGUUACGAGGAAUACCGUGCUGACAUGAGCAACUUGAAAGACAAGUACAGACAGACGAGUGGAUUGGGCGUCAUGAAAGAAAAAAAAUUGUUAGAAUUCCUGAAGGAGAAGGCUGAAGAAGACGUUAUGCUGGCCAUGGACAAUGCACUCACUGAAAACGAGAGGCAGCUCGAAGAGCAAACGCGGAAGACCGAGCAAGCCGAAAGAGAAAAGGAAGGACUUGAAAUGCAACGAAUUGAAGAAGAAAAGAGGAAUGCCGAAUUAUUGGAAGACAGACAAAAACGAAAUGAAGAAAUGAUGUCCGAUAUGAGGCGCGAUAUGAAAGACGAGGUAGAGAAGAGGCUCCAAAUGGAAGAGGAAUACACUAGAAUGAAGGAGCAAAUGAACAUGCAGGAGAAACAGGCGGUUGAUUUCAAGCAGACUGCCGAAUUGAAAAAAGAUAUGGAGGGCCCCGUCAGUGAUUUAACGAAAGUUCUUGCUGUUCUUACUCGUCUUUGUUCUCGCUAAACCUGCAUGCGCAGCUUUUGUCGGCAGUGUCUUCGCUGGUGCAAUAGGACGCGAUAGUGAUGACAACAGUGAUUAAAGAUAAUUCGAACUGUGAGGACCACGCAUCACGCGCAGCAAUAAGUCUGUAUAAAAUACAAGUAAAGGACGAAAUCAGCGAUUGUAAUUGGUACUAGAGGUUACCUCACGUACACGGUGUAUAUUGUCGAAUUUUGCUUAUUGUUAAAAACAGACCCAUCGAAGACAUCUAUAAUCUCUCGCAUCGUGUGACAGUUUAUCACGUCUGCAGUAUGUUUGAUAUGGUGAUUAAGCACACGUUCUUCUGCAAGAAUUGUAAUGUAUAACUUCUUUAAAUUUAUUGGAUCACGUUAUAAUGCUAUAUACCUAUAUGGAUCCACAAUUUGGUGCCCAGAAAAUUAUUUCAAGAAAAAUCCAAUCUGUUGAGACAAGAUUUUGGGUGCAAACCUUUACAAGCAGCCUGCAGACAAACUGAACAUAUCAUUUUGUAAAUAUUUAUUAGGCACAUCUAAGAAAGCCUGCAACAUAGCUCUAUUGGGCGAAUAAGGGAGAUUCUCGCUUUUAAUGAACUCAAUAACCGCUUCUUUCUGAUAUUACCAACAUGUUUUAAUGUCAAAGAAUGAUGUUCUUGCUGAGGCACUGAACGAAUCCAUUGCAAUAGACAACUCUAAAACAUUUUCUUGGUAUUCAUUUAUUAAAAAUAUGGCAAUUUCUCUCGACCUUAAUCUAUCAUCAUUUAACCCUAAACUUGUCAAAGAAAAAUUGAGAGAGAAAUGUGUAGCUCACUGGAAGAAUAACCUCAGCACCACUCGUAUACAAGGAGGCAAGCUUGAGCUUUAUUCUAAAAUUAAAAAUCAUUUUCAAUAUUGUGACAAUAAUAUUCGGAAUUGCUGACGGUAAUAAAGGCACUGGAAAAAAGGCACUGGAAAAAAAGGCACUAGGUAAAAAAGGCACUAGGAAAAAAAGGCACUGGGUAAAAAAGGCACUAGGUGAAAAAGGCACUGGAAAAAAAGGCACCAGGAAAUCGCUAUACUAGGUAAAAAAGGCACUGAAAAAAAAGGCACCAGGAAAUCUCUAGGUAAAAAAUUCAUUUGGGGUGCCCCCCCCCGUGCAUUUCUAUAUGUGUAAUGUGCUAUGUGUAAUGUGCUUCCAAGUCUUUCUCACCAAUAAAACUGCAAUGAUACUCAUCAAGAAUGUUUUGCUAGAUGUCAAUAGCGGUAUACGGUGAAAAAAGCAACGGAAAAAAAGACAACGGAAAAAAAGCCCGGUAAAAAAGACAACAGGUAAAAAAGGCAACGGUAAAAAAGGCAACGGAAAAAAAGACAACAGGUAAAAAAGCAACGGU